AGGCGGCGGAGCGACCCCCCACAGGGGCGGCCUCGAGCGGCGCGGCGGCGCGCGCGCGGCGCGCCGCCGCGCCCCGCGCAGGGGGGCCAUGAGCGUGGAGCUCGCCGUGCAAUGCACGAAGCUCCCGGAGUGGCUGCUGGCACGGAGAGUCAUCCCAGAUAAUUACGCCACCCUGAUGCCCGGGAUCGACGCCAAGGUGGCCCAGGCCCUGGAGGAGGCCGUGAGCGACGCCACGGCCCAGGCUCUCAUCGGGGAGCACCGGGAGGCCAUGUCCUACUUUGCGGCCAGGGACAUCUACGAGGCCAUCGCCAAGUCGCCCGAAGG